GCCGCGGCGCCCAUGGCCCUGAGCAAGGGGCUGCGGCUGCUCGGGCGGCUGGAGGCCGGGGCGGAGAGCAGCGUCCUGCUGGAGGCGCGCGGCCGCGGGGACUGCCUGCUCUUCGAGGCCGGCACGGUGGCCACGCUCGAUGUCUGCUUCAUACCACAUUUAUCUGAGCUGAGAUGAAUGAGCUGAUAAUGUCAUGGUACAAAACUACUGCUUCAUCAAAGAGACUAAAACAUCUUUCAGCUGGAUUACAACAUCAUUAAAGAGUUUAUGCACAUUUAAGAGUUCUUUUGAAACCAUUUGGAGAAAACGGCUGUUUUUUCAAAAGUGAGGACUUGAAAAAUGAUUAAUAAAGCUCCGGAAGAAAAGGAGGUCAUUAAAGGCCAGUAUGGGAAGCUCACCGAUGCUUAUGGCUGCUUGGGGGAGCUCAGGUUAAAAUCAGGUGGCGCGUCCCUGAGCUUCCUGGUUUUGGUGACUGGCUGUGUGUCUGUGGGCAGAAUCCCAGAGGCAGAAAUCUACAAAAUCACUGCCACGGAUUUUUACCCCCUUCAGGAGGAGGCCAAGGAGGAGGACCGCCUUGCAGCCCUGCGGAAAAUCCUCUCCUCGGGGGUCUUCUACUUCUCGUGGCCCAACGAAGGGUCUCACUUUGACCUCACCGUCCGGGCACAGAAGCAGGGCGAUGACAGCUACGAAUGGGGGAGCUCCUUCUUUUGGAACCAGCUGCUGCAUGUGCCCCUGAGGCAACACCAGGUGAGCUGCUGUGACUGGCUACUGAAGGUCAUUUGCGGGGUUGUGGCCAUCCGCACGGUGUACGCCUCACACAAGCAGGCCAAGGCCUGCCUCAUCUCUCGCAUCAGCUGCGAGCGCGCCGGUGCUCGCUUCUACACCCGAGGUGUGAACGAUGAUGGCCACGUGUCCAACUUCGUGGAGACAGAGCAGACGAUCUACAUGGAUGAUGGAGUGUCGUCCUUUGUCCAGAUCAGAGGCUCUGUUCCACUGUUUUGGGAGCAGCCAGGGCUACAGGUUGGCUCCCAUCAUCUGAGACUCAAUAGAGGCCUGGAAGCCAACGCCCCUGCUUUUGACAGGCAUAUGGUGCUUCUGAAGGAGCAGUACGGGAAGCAAGCGGUGGUGAACCUGCUGGGGAGCCGAGGCGGAGAGGAGGUGCUCAACAGAGCCUUCAAGAAGCUGCUCUGGGCUUCCUGCCACGCCGGUGACACGCCUAUGAUAAACUUUGACUUCCAUCAGUUCGCCAAAGGUGGAAAGCUAGAGAAAUUGGAGAACCUGUUGAGGCCCCAGCUAAAGCUCCAUUGGGAUGACUUUGGCGUGUACACCAAGGGCGAGAAUGUAAGUCCAUGUUUUCAGAAAGGCACUUUGCGAAUGAACUGCCUUGACUGCCUGGACCGAACCAACACAGUGCAGGGCUUCAUUGCACUCGAGGUCCUUCACCUGCAGCUCGAGAGCCUCGGGCUGAAUUCAAAGCCCAUUGCCGAGCGCUUUGUGGAGUCCUUCAAAGCCAUGUGGUCUCUGAAUGGGCACAGCCUGAGCAAGAUGUUCACGGGCAGCCGGGCCCUGGAAGGGAAAGCGAAGGUGGGGAAGCUGAAGGACGGGGCCCGGUCCGUAUCGCGCACUAUCCAGUCCAACUUCUUUGACGGCGUGAAGCAGGAGGCCAUCAAGCUGCUGCUGGUUGGGGACGUCUACGCCGAGGAGUCUGCAGACAAAGGAAGGAUGCUCCUGGACAACACGGCCCUGCUGGUGACUCCCAGGAUCCUGAGAGCUAUGUCGGAGCGCCAGUCAGAAUUUACAAAUUUCAAACCGAUCUGUGUUGCCAUGGGAACCUGGAACGUGAAUGGAGGGAAGCAGUUCAGGAGCAACCUGCUUGGGACAGCUGAGCUGGCCAACUGGCUGCUUGACUCACCCACGCUCUCCGGCGUUGUGGAGUCCCCAGCCGACAGCAGCCCAGCCGACAUAUUUGCCGUGGGGUUUGAAGAGAUGGUGGAACUGAGUGCCGGGAAUAUCGUCAAUGCCAGUACCACCAACAGGAAGGUGUGGGGUGAGCAGCUUCAGAAAGCCAUCUCACGCUCUCAUAGGUACAUUCUCUUGACUUCGGCACAGCUGGUGGGCGUCUGUCUAUAUAUCUUUGUACGUCCGUACCAUGUCCCAUUUAUCAGGGACGUGGCUAUGGACACAGUGAAGACGGGCAUGGGCGGAAAGGCGGGGAACAAGGGUGCCGUGGGCAUCCGCUUUCAGUUCCACAGCACGAGCCUCUGCUUCAUCUGCAGCCACCUGACGGCUGGGCAGUCCCAGGUGAGGGAACGGAACGAGGACUACCGUGAGAUCGCCCAGAAGCUUACUUUCCCCACGGGAAGAAACAUUUUUUCUCAUGAUUAUGUGUUCUGGUGUGGUGAUUUCAACUACCGCAUUGACCUCACUUAUGAAGAAGUCUUCUAUUUUGUUAAACGCCAAGACUGGAAGAAACUUCUGGAAUUUGAUCAGCUACAGCUACAGAAAUCAAGUGGAAAAAUUUUUAAAGACUUUCAUGAAGGUGCCAUUAAUUUUGGACCCACCUACAAGUAUGAUGUUGGCUCUGCCGCCUACGACACUAGCGACAAGUGUCGCACCCCCGCCUGGACAGACAGGGUCCUAUGGUGGAGGAAUAGGCAUCCUUUUGACAGAACAGCUGGAGAACUCAACCUUCUGGAGAGCGAUCUAGAUGCUGACGCCAGAGUCAAACAUAGCUGGUCUCCUGGGACCCUCAAGUACUACGGCCGAGCAGAGCUACAAGCAUCUGAUCACAGACCCGUGCUGGCGAUUGUGGAGGUGGAAGUACAAGAAGUUGAUGUGUGUGCUCGAGACAGAGUGUUCGAGGAAGUGUCCUCUUUCCAGGGCCCCUUGGAUGCCACUGUCAUAGUCAACCUGCAGUCACCAAACCUAGAAGACAAAAAUGAAUUUCCUGAGGACGUGCGCACUGAACUCAUGCAGACCUUGGAGAAUUAUGGGACAAUUGUUCUUGUCAGGAUCAACCGAGGGCAGAUGCUGGUGACUUUUGCAGACAGCCACUCAGCUCUCAGCGUCCUGGAUGUGGACGGUAUGAAGGUGAAGGGCAGAGCAGUGAAGAUCAGGCCGAAGACCAAGGACUGGCUGAAAGGUCUGCAAGAGGAGAUCAUUCGGAAGCGGGACAGCAUGAUCUCCAUGUCCCCCACUGCCAGUUCCUUUUUGCUGGAGGAAAACUUUGACUUCACAAGUUUAGACUAUGAGUCAGAAGGGGAUAUUCUCGAGGAUGAUGAAGACGAUUUGGGGAAUGAGCUAAGUCAGCCUGCGGUCUCGGACAGUGAACUGGGGGGAGACGGCCUUCCUGAUGUGCCCAGCCCCUCCGCAGUGGCCCCUCCCAGCAAGUCACCUGCACUCACCAAAAAGAAGCAACGUCCAACCUACAAAGAUGAUGCCGACCUGGUGGAGCUAAAGCAGGAGCUGGAAGCAGUUGGGGAUUUCCGUCACCGUUCUCCAAGUAGGUCUCUGUCGGUUCCCAGUAGGCCUCGGCCACCUCACCCACCGCAGAGACCCCCCCCUCCAACUGGUUUAAUGGUGAAAAAGUCGGCUUCAGAUGUGUCCAUCUCCUCCGGCACCAACGGGCAGUAUUCGAUCUUGCAGACAGCCAAGCUGCUGCCAGGAGCGCCUCAGCAAGCACCCAAAGCAAGGACUGGGAUAAGUAAACCUUAUAACGUCAAGCAGAUCAAAACGACCAAUGCUCAGGAGGCAGAGGCAGCCAUCCGAUUUCUCCUGGAAGCCAGAGGAGGGACCCCAGGAGAAGCCCUAAAUACCACAACCCCGAGGGACCAAGGGCCUUCCAAACCAGAGCCCACAGUGGGGGUGGCCCCGCUCCUGCCCCGUCGGCCUGCACCCAGAGUUCCUGCCAUCAAGAAGCCAGCCUUGAGGAGGACAGGAAAGCCCGAGUCACCAGAAGAACCGUUUGGGCAGCAGAUGGUCCAUUUUACAGUCGGGCCCCCGGAGACAAGCCUUGAAACCCUUCUUCCAGCGACAGCCCCCCCAGUUCCCAAACCAAGAACACUUCAGCCUGGGAAGACGGUGGAGAGGAGGCCGAACGGUGGAAAGCCAGCGCCGGGCGACACCCCUCCUGAGGCCGGAGCCUCCACACCACCCCCUCCGGGGGUGCGGCCUCUGGUGCCCCAGGCCCCCCCGAGGAGGAAGAAGUCAGCCCCAGCGGCCUUCCACCUGCAGGUUCUGCAAAGCGACAGCCAGCUUCUCCAGGACCUGGUUUGCAGUGGCCACGGCAGCAGCGACUGGCCCCCGGCACACCAGCCCGACAGGGGCGCCCUCUUUCCGCAACCUACAUUUCUUGGCACAUCACCCGCCGUGAGCCCAGAGUGGGGUGAUGGCACAGAGGAGACAAAGCCAGAGGCGGCCUCCCUCCCUGGCGAAUAUCAGGAUCCAUUCUGGAGCCUUCUGCACCACCCCAACCUGUUGAACAAUGCCUGGCUUUCCAAGAGCUCUGACCCCUUGGGCUCAGGGACUGGGGGCCCUGCGAGGACCCAUAUGGUCCCAGUGCAAGUCAGGGCCUCAGAUGCCCAGCAGCCACUGCCAGAGCACAGCCAAAAAGAUCUUGGUCACUGGGUGACCAUCAGUGACCAGGACAAGAGGACGGUGCUGCAGGUGUUUGACCCACUGGCAAAAACAUGAGGGGGGAGCUUGGACGGCCACUCUCACAGACGGUGUGCGUCCCUCUCCUGGCCUCACUGUACAGGGAGAAGCCCCUACGCGGCCUCAGAACCCCAGUGGAAAGAGACAUCUAUUUAAAGGCGCACUGAAAACCAUUGGUACUUCCCUCACUCCUGUGUAGUUUACAAAAAAAGUGUCUCUUUUUUCAAUAAGAGUAUUAUUCAGCCACCAAGACAUGUUUUAUUCCAGACUUGUGGAUUUUAAGUUUCCUCUCAGGGGUAUGGGAAACCCCUUGUUAGAUUCAGUGUAUGGAUUUUAGGAAAGGGAAUACAGCUGAUAAUGCCCAAGGAAUUCCCUCCCACUGAAUUUUAAGUGAUUCUUCAAUUAUGUGUGUAUGUGGUGUUUUUAAAUUUUUGUUUGCAUUUUACAGAUUUGGAAUAACUUUUUGGUGAACCACCUGGAGGUGAAUGCAUAAAGUAAGAUCACAUUAAAGGGUGGUUGAGACCCUUAAGACCAGUACCUGGCCCACUGACACCUGAUUUUUUUUUUUUUAAAUGAGAGCUGGGAGCAGCAAAUAAGUCAGCCAAAUGAUAGCCUGCACCUUCCUGUGAGCUCUUGUGUUUAUUUGUGUUCAUGUGUAUUAGCCUUGAUCAGGUGGGAGACAGUGUCGUAUACACUGUUUUGGUUCUGAAGCAUAUACCAUGAGCUUAACCUGAGCUUAAACUGGCUAAAGACUCCUGAACUAUGUCUGGCGGACUUGCCCCAUAAAUUGUGACCGUCCUGAACACUAGUGUGUUAUUUAAACCAGUUUUUAGACACUCUCUAUUCCCUAUUAAAGGACUCCUCAAUGAAUUUUUUUCCCCUUACACCCACACCUGGUAAAAGCACAAAAUGUGAAAAGUCAUACUGGCACAUAAUAUAUUGAUUUGCAUUGUUAUAACGUGAAGAAUGUUUGUUUCAGCCUCUCUGCCCGGCUGCAGCUUUAGGAAGGAAAAUACUGCAUGACCCUAUAUAUAAGAAAGCUCAGGGCAGCAUUUCUGGUUUACCUGUGUUUAUUUCAGUUUAUUUCUUGCCUCAACAUUUUUCCCAUACAUUUCCCAACACCACUUCUUGCCUAUUCAAACACUUAAAAAGAGAUCAGCAAUACAUAGUUAUACAUUUUAAAAAUAUUGUAAGGCCUAGAAUCCAGUUGGAGCAGAUAGCAUAUUUUUGCUAAUAAGCACACUGUUGAAAUCUUAGGGUGCCACCUACCAUGUUUAGGAGUCUUUCACGUUCAUGUCAGAGUCCUACAGCAGUGAUUCUGUGUUAUCCCUAAUGUGACUGGCGACUUCCUGUACGAGUUGCUAAUGGUUGGAUGAGUAAUCAUCUUGCCUGUGGGAUACCUUGCUCUUUUUACCAGUGACACCUCUGAUUCCAGACUUAUUUCUCAUUGCCUCUAUCAAGAUACACUGCAGAUUAUUUAAAUCUGGCACUCAAAUAAACUAAAAUUAUUUCAUCUGAGAACUGAUAAAAAGGUAUUAGUGACCCAGCACUAUCAACAUAUGGUACAGGUAGUUGACCAGCCGUAAAAGAUGGUGUUUCUGGCCUUAUCUGUUUAGAACACUGGCUGUAUUGUGUAAGUGUUGUAAAUCAUUUUUACCUGACAAAUGCAAGUAAACACACAAUCCUUGAAAGUAUAGCAAGAUGGGUGAUAGGCUUAGAGAAGUCAAAUGAUUUGUGAGGAUUCACUUAGCUACUAAUAGGAUACAGUUGGGAAUGGGAUCGAAUAUUUCCUAAUCCAAAUGCUGUAUUCUCUAUAACCUCUCUUCCCACCACAAAGGUGAAUAUGAAAGCAGAUACACGUAAUGACCAGCCAGAAAGGCAAGGGGAAUGGAAGUACCACUGCAGGUGUUUCCAGUGCUGGGAACAGGCCUGAUUUUCGAGAUCAUCUUUGUUCCAGAUAGCAAGUAGCUCAUGAACAGGAGACAGAGCAGAAUUUCAGUUAAGCUUGGUGCUCAUCACACAAGUAGCUCUUAAGGAUCAGAUUAUAAGUAUUAGCGAGCAGAACUGUGUUGACUUUGGGAGGCAGGUCACAAGAAAAUGUACGAGUAGUCUAACGUGAAGAACUGAACAAAUACUAUUUGAUCAUGAAUGUUUGAGUUUAAUGAACAACAUAGUGUGGAUUUUUUGGGUUGAUAACAUGCAAGGGUCUCACACCAACAUUCUCAAAAAAGGGACAAUUGGAAUCACCUGAUUUAUUUUCAAAUCAAUGCUUAAUGGUAGGUUUCCUAGGUUAGCAGCAGAGUUGAAUAAUCUUGACGGCAGCUGCCCUCCUGGGGAUUUCAUUCUGUGGUUUUUUUUUAAUUUUUAGUCUUCCUUUGAUGCUCCCACGCAGGCCUUUUUAUUGUGCCCUUGUAGUCUUUUUUCAUCCCUGGUCUGUAAGAUGUUACAGUUCACUGCAGGGUGUCUUAGGCACAGUACUUUACAAUCAACACUGUCUCUAUGGCCCGAUUAUACUCCCUUCUACGACAGAAUCUUCUCCAACUUCUUGCCCAUUUUAAAGAUUUGUUCCAGUGAAAGAAGAAAAGUUUUAAGAUGCUGAAAGUCACGACACUUAAAAUCCUCCUGACAUGUGUAUCAAACAAAGUAAUGUGCUAAAAAUCUGCUUCAUAAUGAAAUAAUUUCAUCAGGAAGGAAAACUGCAAAAAUUAUUUAUUGGGUGACUAGCAAUUAGUAAAAUCCCUGUAAUGUUUAUUUGAAGUGGUAAUUUGUACUGAAAUUGUUUAAAAAAUGCCUAUUAAAUGUUUUGUCUUUUUUUUAAAUUUGGCUUAUUUUUUCAGUUAUGAAGAGAACCUUGAAAUAUCUUCUUUGGCUCGCCUUCUAUUCCAGCUGAAAUGUGAUUACUAGUUAUUCCUCUGAAUUUUUGUUUUGGUUCUUCUUCAACCAACCAACUAAACUAAAAAGGCAUAAAAGUAAUAAUUUGGUUAACAAUUUAUGACUUGAAUGCUACCAGCAGGGACCACGGUGAUACCAUAUAUAAUAACUUUCUGCUAGGGUAUCUGUAAGACUUGAGAGAUGCUUAAAUUCAUUUUCUGUGGGAUGUCAUAGGAAAC